AUGUUACGUCGAGCAAACGGCUCAUCGAAAAACAUUCCUCUCAAACAAAUUAAAGUCAGUACAAAAAUCCAUUCAUUUGCUGCUGAUGUAACAAUCACUCAAUUCUUUCACAAUGAAGAACAAACAUCGAUUGAAGCUGUCUAUUGUUUUCCAAUUGAAGAAAAUGCCGCCGUGUACGCAUUCGCAGCAAAAAUUGAUGAUCGUGAAAUCGUAGCACAAUUAAAAGAGAAAAAACAAGCACAACGAGAGUAUUCCGACGCUCGCAUACUUGCUUGA